UAAAUGGUUAAAAAGUGUAUUACUAUUAUCUAUGGUGAGGAAUAUUGGUGAUAUUGAUUUUUUAUUUAUUGUGAGGUGAAUUGUGGUUUUAUUUUGAUCUUAAAAAUGAAUUAAAAAGAAAUGUAAGUAAUGUGUGAAAUAAAAUAACAUAGCCCAAGUCAUGUCAGCAAAUGGUAACGGCGGUAAUUAUGCACCCCUUAAGCAAAUACUAACAGAUUCUGAAUCCGAAGAUGAUCACAAGCUAGAAAAUGCUCUUCACAUCAAGGGUUCGGACAGUUGUAACAAUUUGGAUUAUAAUAGCGGGCUGCAGUCGUCGAAGAAUUACAGCAUGAGUGACAUGGAUGAGUUCAACAACGAUAAAACCGUGGAAAGCACGAUGGACAACGUAAGUUUUUUGUCCGACGUGUCGACAAAGAUGUCUUUUCCGCGACGUUGCGCCUUCGUAACGUCAAUAUUUGUGUGUGUUUUUACUGUAGCCUUGUUCCUCUGCGGCAUUCCUUGCCCGGACGUCGGUUGUGCCGGCAAUAACGACUGGCAAGACAAAACCACUAACUGGGAAGUCCCUUACAAUGAAAUCGAACUGUCCGGAGCUGUUCAAAUCGUUGACGGUGCGAUACCCAAUACAAAGAAUCUUAUAUUCAUAUAUCGCGGAAAUCACAUGAAAGAGGACAAAAAUAACAAUGAUAAUGUCAAUGGAGUUCUCUUGAUUGUGGGAAAUACUGGUAAAGUCGGGUGGUACACGAGAGAGACCAGGAUUCCAACAGAAAUAAAUUGUCACCUCAUUGAUGUGAAUAGAGACAAGCAGAAAGAUUGCAUAGUAUCAGGUUCAGAAGGCUUGUUAGCUGCUCUGAAUCCAUUAUCUGGUACAUAUUAUUGGUACAUUCAUAAACAAGGGAAGAUAUUCAGUAACAUUGCUUCUAUAGACUUUCCCAUAGUAAUGAAAGACAUGGAUAAAGAUAAAGUGAACGAUCUCCUCACUGUGGCAACUGUGUACCCGAAUACUAAUCACAACUCAUUGCUUAUCAUAUCAGGAGCUACAGGGAAUAUCAUUGGUGACCCCAUGACGUUAGACUGCAGCUCGGUCAAACUGUUAACAACAGAAUCCGAAGACAUACCAUAUCUUUGUAAGAAUGGCACUUCGGAAGCUGUGCGGCAAAUAUCCAAAAAUGAUCUCUAUAGGAUGCUGUUGAAGUUAGAUCCAUCUGUGAACCACUCUGCUCCUGUGUCCACAGUAUCGAAGAGAAUGAAUUUGAGUUUGAAGAAGAAUAUAGGAAACACAAGGGAAAUAUUCACAAACGGUCCAGGAAAGCUUAUCGUGGAGAACUUUGGAGAAUGUCCAAACUCAUGCAGAGUUAAUUUGAAAUUAUUACUUGAGAGAAAUGGUACGACUAAUGUUAGUUGGGAGUACACAGCGGACUAUGUGUAUGCUAUGAGGCCUAGCUCAUUUUCCUUUGCCAAUUCUAUUCGGGGCUUCGUUCUAAAAUUAUGACAGUGGAACAGUGCACACCUGGCCAAGGGUGCACUGAAGAUUGACGAAGUGAGAUACAAUAUACAGAAUCAGAGUCCUAAGAAUAUGGAUGACAUCUUUUACUAUCAACCGACAAUAAAUAUUGCUUCUAUUUCAUCCUUCAUCAAGU